AUGGCCGGUCCUAAGUCUACUACAUCCUCUGCGUCGUCCAAUGCUGUCCGUUCCUUACUCAGGGCUUACAACGAAAACACAUCGAGCCGCCUGAAAUUCAUCGACGCAUUCCUGCUAUUCCUGAUGCUGUCUGGCAUCAUUCAGUUCGUGUACUGCAUCCUUGUUACUAAUUUCCCCUUCAAUGCAUUCCUCGCUGGCUUUGGCAGCUGUGUCGGGCAGUUUGUGCUUACUGCGUCCCUGCGCUCACAAGUCAACCCGGUGAACAGAGCAGAAUUCAAGGAUGUAUCCCCAGAACGUGCCUUUGCUGACUUUGCUCUUGGUUCGAUCGUACUACAUUUCUUUGUGUAUAAUUUCCUCGGAUGA